AUGACUGCCCGGUCUAGACCUGCUGUCCCCUUGGAACCCCUUACUCAGACGCACCCAAUACUAAGACACCCCACGCUCGACGUCAAAUCCAGACAGUCAAGCAACGUCCCACAACACACCGCAGAACGCACAGCAACCGCGGGAUCUCAGGCGCCACCAACAGAAAAGGAAACGGAAAUGAUGAUAAAGCAUAUCAUCAAACACCCCAACGUCGAUCCCGACCUUGAUCACAUCUUCGGGUCGGUUAUCUCCCCUCUCCUCCGUCCUCCUCCGCAUCUCGGCCUGACAGGUACCACGUGCUACCAACCCCCAUAUCAGUUUGUGCUAUCAGGAGGAGGGAGGGCACGAAAUAGAACCGGCUAUCAGAGCUUUACAUCGGCCAUCGGCCAGAUGGAUUAUGGGGGUUCUUCCUCGUGA